GGUGACAGUGACAAAGAACUGCGCGUAAAGAUGGCAAUGACGGACACAGAGCAGGGGAGCUCUAAUCGAGCCGAGUCUGGGUCCCCAUUCUCUGAGAUAAUUGAACUGAAUGUCGGGGGACAGGUGUAUGUGACACGGCACAUAACUUUGGUCGCCGUCCCAGACUCGCUCCUCUGGACCAUGUUCAGCAAGAAGGCUCCAAAGGACCUUGCGCGAGAUGGCAAAGGGCGCUACUUCUUGGACAGGGACGGUUUCUUGUUCCGUUAUAUUUUAGACUACCUGCGGGACCUCAACCUGGUGCUGCCUGAUUAUUUCCCCGAGAAAAGCCGGCUGCAGAGGGAGGCUGAGUUUUUCCACCUGCGGGACCUGUCCAAGCGCCUGAUCCCCAGGAUGAGCAAAGUGAACUCCAUCAACGAGGAGAUUUGCCAGAGCGACACCGAGGAGGGUGGGCUUCAGUGCGGCACCGGGUCCUCCGGCGUUGGCAUGGAAACUUUGCGCAUGAUGACUGCAAUGAGCAGCGCUCACUCCCAGUCUCUGGAGUCCAGAAAGUCGGGCUACAUCACAAUUGGAUACAGGGGAUCAUACACUAUAGGGAGAGAUAUCCAAACCGAUGCCAAGUUCAGGAGAGUGGCGCGCAUCACGGUGUGCGGGAAAAUUUCCCUUGCCAAAGAGGUGUUCGGGGACACUUUGAAUGAGAGCAGGGACCCCGACCGGCCACCGGAGAGGUAUACCUCCCGUUACUACCUGAAAUUCAAUUUCCUUGAGCAGGCGUUUGACAAGCUGACCGAGGUUGGCUUUCACAUGGUGGCUUGUAGCUCCACGGGCACAUGCGCCUACACCAGCAAUGACCCAAACGAGGAUAAAAUCUGGACGAGUUAUAACGAGUAUGUGUUCUGUCGGGACUAAAUUGUUAAUAUGGUCACCACCUGAGCCCACCCGCUGCCAACAGAAAAUUACUGUUUUGUGUUUACUCGUGCAAAUAGGCAUCUCAUAAUUUCUUUACAUAUUUAAUGGCAAAUAGCCACAGCCUAUAGGUCAAUACACACUAACCUAGAAUUCCGGAUGUUAUCAUAUCUUAAUUUGCCUUGUGGAGAUGGCUAUUGAAUGAAUUAAUUUAAUGACAUUUUACACACGCACAUGUAACAGAUGACAGGUCAUACUUAAUAAUUCUCUUGAGUUGUUUUUUUAAAGAAAGGACUGUCCAGCCAGCGAUCCCAGAUUGGUGUUUAUUCUGAAGAUAGACACAAAGAAGCACAUUAGAUGUGCCGGACAACAAUAUGUUCAUGGCUGUAGAUUAGUGAUUUGUCUUUUAGCAUGAAAAUAACUGUGAAUUAGCAGGGAGCUAAUGCGACCAUUACAAUUAGGGCAUGCUAGCUAACUUGCGCUUACAGCAAUAACAUUCAAAAGCACACCCCAGGAAGCCCUCAAUAUCUAACAGGUAACACAUACACACACACACACACAUAUACACUAAUUAUACAAAACAUUAAGGAUACCUGCUCUUUCCAUGACAUAGACUGA